UUGCGUUCCUUUCUUCAAAUCAGCAGAAAUAUGCAUCAGGGAAACCAAACCACCAUCUCUGAAUUCCUCCUCCUGGGACUCUCCAACCAUGCUGAGGAGCAGAAUCUUCUCUUUGUGCUUUUUCUGGGUAUGUACUUGGUAACUGUUGUUGGGAAUGGCCUCAUCACCCUGGCCAUCGGCUUGGAUAUUUACCUUCAUACUCCAAUGUAUCUCUUCCUUGCUAAUCUAUCCUUUGCUGAUAUUUCUUCCAUUUCUACUUCUGUCCCCAAAAUGCUGAUGAAUAUUCAGACCAAGAGUCAAUCCAUCUCUUAUGAGAGCUGCAUUACACAGAUGUACUUUUCUAUUGUAUUUGUUGUCAUCGACAAUUUCCUCUUGGGGGUCAUGGCUUAUGAUAGGUUUGUGGCUAUCUGCCACCCUCUGAACUAUACAACCAUCAUGCAACCUAGGCUCUGCAUUUUGCUGACAGUCAUUCCGUGGGUCCUCAGUAAUAUUGUUGCCCUGACACACACUCUUCUGCUCCUUCAGUUGUACUUCUGUGACAAGAACACUGUUUCACACUUCUUCUGUGACUUGGCUUCUCUGUUGAAACUAUCCUGCUCAGACACAACAGUCAAUGAGCUUGUGUUGUUUAUCGUGGGCUUAUCAGUCAUCAUCUUCCCUUUUGCCCUCAUCCUCUUCUCCUACAUCUGUAUUGUCAAGGCUGUCCUGAGAAUCUCAUCCACAGAGGGAAAGUGGAAAGCUUUCUCCACCUGUGCCUCUCACCUAACAGUUGUAUUGCUCUUCUAUGGGACCAUUGUAGGGGUUUAUUUUUUCCCCUCAUCCAUUCAUUCUGAUGACAGAGAUAAAAUUGGUGCAGUACUAUUCACCGUUGUGACACCCAUGAUGAACCCCUUCAUCUAUAGCUUGAGGAACAAAGACAUAAAAGUUGCCCUGAGAAAGCUCAUCAAUAAGAAAAGCUCCUGCCUUUGA